AUGACGAUUGAAGAGGAUCAACAACUCAGUAAUUCUGAGUAUUGGGAUAGCCGCUAUGUCACUUCCAACGGCGAUGACCCCACGCACGAGUGGUUUCGUUCAUUUGAGCAUCUUUUGCCAUUUCUAGGAAAGAAUCUUCUCGAGCAACCAGGUCGCACAGCCCAGGACAACCCGAAAAUUCUUCAUCUAGGCUCUGGAGACAGUGUCGUCCCUGCUGAACUCGCUGGACGCGGCUACCAAAACCAGCUUUGCGUCGACUUUUCCCCUGUGGUGGUGGACAUGAUGACCGACAGACACAAAGAUAUUGCUGGAAUUGAGUGGCAGAGAGUCGAUGUUCGCGACAUGCCGACAGUUGACACCGGCUCUAUUGACGUUGCGUUUGACAAGGGAACUUUGGAUGCUAUGAUUUAUGGCAGUCCUUGGAGUCCACCCGAUGAGGUGAAAGAAAACACAAGCAGAUACCUCAAAGAAGUCCACCGUGCGAUGAAAAAUGACGGGGUAUUUCUUUACAUCACAUUUCGGCAGCCACACUUUAUGAAAUUACUCCUGAACCCGGAUAACAUUUGGGAUAUGGAGAUGGAGGUUUUAGGAGACGGUGGAACAUUUGAUUACUACGGAUACGUCAUCAAAAAGUCGAAACCUCAAUAG